GUGGCCGCGCAGGCUCGGCGGGGCGGCGGCACCGACUGACAGAGGGUCGGAAGGACUGAGGGACGGGCGGGCGCACGGCCAGGCCAUGCCUGGGGAGGCUGCCCGCGCCGAGCUGCUGCUGCCCGAGGCGGACGGACCCGGGCCCCGCACAGAUCUGUCCUGCGAUGCAGCUGCUGCCACCACCAUCCUGGGAGGGGACCGGCGGGAGCCCUGUGCUCUGACCCCAGGGCCCAGCCACCUGGCCCUCACGUUCCUGCCCAGCAAGCCGGGCGCCCGGCCCCAGCCUGAGGGAGCCAGCUGGGAUGCAGGGCCUGGUGGGGCACCCUCAGCCUGGGCAAAUCCAGGGGAGGGCGGCCCGAGCCCCAUGCUCCUCCCUGAGGGCCUGUCUUCCCAGGCUCUGUCCACCGAGGCUCCUCUCCCGGCCACCCUGGAGCCCCGGAUUGUGAUGGGAGAGGAGACGUGCCAAGCCCUCCUGUCACCCAGGGCUGCCCGGACAGCGCUCAGGGACCGGGAGGGUGGGCAUGCAAGCCCAGACCCACCCCCCGAGUUGUGUUCUCAGGGUGAUCUUUCUGUGCCUUCCCCUCCCCCAGACCCUGAUUCCUUCUUUACACCUCCCUCCACCCCCACCAAGACCACCUAUGCCCUGCUUCCCGGCUGUGGGCCCCUUGGAGAUGCGGGGGACUCAGAGGCUGAGCUGUGGGAUGAGCUGCUGGACUCGCCCCCGCCUUCACCCUCGGGCUCCUACAUUACGGCCGAUGGGGACAGCUGGGCCUCUUCACCCUCCUGUUCCCUCAGCCUGCUGGCUCCAGCUGAAGGGCUGGACUUCCCCUCAGGCUGGGGCCUGUCCCCCCAGGGGUCCAUGGCGGAUGAACGAGAGCUGCACCCUGCCGGAACCCCAGAGCCCCCCUCCUCUGAGUCCAGCCUCUCUGCAGACAGCAGCUCCUCCUGGGGCCAGGAGAGCCACUUCUUUGACCUGGACUUCCUGGCCAAUGACCCGAUGAUCCCUGCAGCCCUCCUACCCUUCCAGGGCAGCCUCAUCUUCCAGGUGGAGGCAGUGGAGGUGACACCGCUAUCCCCAGAGGAAGAAGAGGAGGCUGUGGCGGAUCCCGACCCAGGUGGGGACCUGGCUGGGGAGGGUGAGGAGGACAGCACGUCCGCCUCCUUCCUGCAGUCGCUGUCUGACCUGUCCAUCACGGAGGGCAUGGAUGAGGCCUUUGCCUUCCGAGACGACACCUCUGCAGCCUCCUCUGAUUCAGACUCAGCCUCCUACACAGAGGCAGAUGACGAGAGGCUGUACAGCGGGGAGCCCCAUGCCCAGGCCACCCUCCUCCAGGACAGUGUCCAGAAGACAGAGGAGGAGAGCGGAGGUGGGGCCAAGGGGCUGCAGGUUCAGGAAGGGACUAUGUCCUGGGCCCUGGAGGCUGCACCUCAGACCUCAGACAGAGGGGCCCAUCUCUCCCAGAGACAGGAAUCGAUCUCAGAAGUAACAGAAGAGGGCCUUGCUUUAGGCCAGGAGUCCACUGCCACUGUGACCCCUCACACUCUGCAGGUAGCCCCAGGCCUCCAGGUGGAGGCGGCUACCAGGGUGACCCCUCAGGCUGGGGAGGAAAAAGCAGACUCCACCACUGGACAAGCAUCUGCUGCCAUGGCAAUGCCUCAGCCCUCCCAGGAGGGCAUCAGCGAGAUCUUAGGCCAAGAGUCUGUCACUGCAGAAAAACUUCCAACUCCACAGGAAGAAACAAGCCUCACAUUGUGUCCAGACUCUCCUCAGAACUUGAAGGAAGAAGGAGGGCUGGACCUCCCCUCUGGCCCAAAGCCUGUAGCUGCAGCCUCACUUAUGCCCCAGCAGGCUGAAGAGGACCUCACCUUACCCCAGGACCCCGCUGUGACACCACCUCUGCCUCUGCAAGACAUGGAUCUCUCGUCAGCCCCAAAGCCUGUGGCUGCAGCCACAACUGUCCCCAGGAAGGCUGAAGAGGACCUCACCUUACCCCAGAGCCCCGCUGUGACACCACCUCUGCCCCUACAAGACACAGAUCUCUCGUCAGCCCCGAAGCCUGUAGGUGCAGCCUCGCUUGUGCCCCAGCAGGCUGAAGAGGACCCCACCUUACCCCAGGACCCCACUAUUAUACCACCUCUGCCUCUACAAGACACAGAUCUCUCGUCAGCCCCGAAGCCUGUGGCUGCAGCCACGACUGUCCCCAGGCAGGCUGAAGAGGACCUCACCUUACCCCAGGACCCCACUAUUAUACCACCUCUGCCCCUACAAGACACAGAUCUUUCGUCAGCCCCGAAGCCUGUAGAUGCAGCCUCGCUUGUGCCCAGGCAGGCUGAAGAGGACCCCACCUUACCCCAGGACCCCGCUGUGACACCACCUCUGCCCCUACAAGACACAGAUCUCUCGUCAGCCCCGAAGCCUGUGGCUGCAGCCACGAUUGUCCCCAGGCAGGCUGAAGAGGACCUCACCUUACCGCAGGACCCCACUAUUAUACCACCUCUGCCCCUACAAGACACAGAUCUCUCGUCAGCCCCGAAGCCUGUGGCUGCAGCCACGACUGUCCCCAGGCAGGCUGAAGAGGACCUCACCUUACCCCAGGACCCCACUAUUAUACCACCUCUGCCCCUACAAGACACAGAUCUUUCGUCAGCCCCGAAGCCUGUAGAUGCAGCCUCGCUUGUGCCCAGGCAGGCUGAAGAGGACCCCACCUUACCCCAGGACCCCGCUGUGACACCACCUCUGCCCCUACAAGACACAGAUCUCUCGUCAGCCCCGAAGCCUGUGGCUGCAGCCACGAUUGUCCCCAGGCAGGCUGAAGAGGACCUCACCUUACCCCAGGACCCCGCUGUGACACCACCUCUGCCCCUACAAGACACAGAUCUCUCGUCAGCCCCGAAGCCUGUGGCUGCAGCCACGAUUGUCCCCAGGCAGGCUGAAGAGGACCUCACCUUACCGCAGGACCCCACUAUUAUACCACCUCUGCCCCUACAAGACACAGAUCUCUCGUCAGCCCCGAAGCCUGUGGCUGCAGCCACGAUUGUCCCCAGGCAGGCUGAAGAGGACCUCACCUUACCGCAGGACCCCACUAUUAUACCACCUCUGCCCCUACAAGACACAGAUCUCUCGUCAGCCCCGAAGCCUGUGGCUGCAGCCACGACUGUCCCCAGGCAGGCUGAAGAGGACCCCACCUUACCCCAGGACUCUGCUAUGACACCACCUCUGGCUCUGCAAGACACAGGCCCCACCUCAGGUCCAGAGCCUCUGGCUGUGGCCACCCCUCAGACCUUGCAGGCAGAAGCAGGCUGCACCCCAGGGACAGAGCCUGUGGCCACCAUGGCUCAGCAGGAAGUAGGUGCGGCCUUAGGCCCCAGGCCAGCACCUGAGGAGAAGAAUGCAGCCCUCUCUAGAGUACCGGAGCCUGCAGCCUUGGACCAGGUCCAACGGGAUGACCCACAGCCAGCUGCAGAAGCUGGGACACCUUGGGCCGCACAGGAAGAUGCGGAUUCGACUUUGGGCAUGGAGGCCCUCUGUCUCCCUGAGCCUGCCUCUGGUGCUGGGGAGGAAGUAGCAGAAGCCCUUUCUAGGCCUGGAUGGGAAGCAUGUCUGGAAGCCCUAGUGCACACAAGUGAUGGGGCUAAGCCUGACUCACCCCAAAAGGAGACCCUGGAGGUUGAGAACCAGCAGGGAGGAGGCCUCAAGCCACAGGCACAGGAACAUGGACCCGGGUCAACACUUGGAGGUGCAGGGGAGGUCCCCGAGACACCUCCUGCUGCCUGCCCUGAGGUCAGCCAGGCCUGGCUCCUGAGCCCAGCCAGGGAAGGAAGAGGCCUGAGUGGCAAGUCCACACUGGAGCCCACGCUUCCCUCAGCUGUGGCCACAGAGGCCAGUCUGGACUCCUGCCCAGAAUCUUCAGUAGGGGCUGUGUCCAGGCUGGACAGAGGCUGCCCUGACGCACCUGCCCCCACAUCUGCACCAACCUCCCAGCAGCCGGAGCCUGUGCUGGGAGGCUGCCCUGAUGCACCUGCCCCGAUGUCUACACCAACCUCCCAGCAGCUGGAGCCUGUGCUGGGUCUGGGCAGUGUUGAGCGACCCCACAAAGCACCCAGUGUCCUUGGCCCCCUCUUGCUGCAGCCCCCAGAAAACCUUGGCAAGGGUCUGCCCAGCGCACCCCCGGACAGGCCCCUGGGCCCUGAUCUUUCUGCUCCUGGUACCCUUGCUGGGGCAGCCCUACCCCCACUGGAGCCCCCAGCCCCCUGUCUGUGCCAGGACCUCCAGAAAGACUCCGUGGAAGAAGAGGAGCCCCCAGGCUCUCUGGGCCUCCCAACGCCCCAGGCAGGAGCCCAGCCUGCCGCUGCUGCUGUCUCAGGAACCACACAGCCUCUGGGGACUGGGCCGCGAGUCAGCCUCUUGCCUCACUCCCCGCUCCUCAGCCCCAAGGUGGCCUCCAUGGAUGCCAAAGACCUGGCCUUGCAGAUCUCGCCGCCUUGCCAAGUGCCUCCUCCCUCUGGGCCCCAGAGCCCAGCUGGCCCUCAAGGGCUCUCGGCCCCCGAGCAGCAAGAGGAUGAGGACAGCCUGGAGGAAGACUCGCCUCGGGCCCUGGGCUCGGGUCAGCAUUCGGAUAGCCACGGGGAGUCGUCAGCCGAGCUGGACGAGCAGGACAUCUUGGCUCCUCAGACCGCGCAGUGUCCAGCCCAGGCCCCAGCAGGCAGCAGUGAGGAGACCAUCGCCAAAGCCAAGCAGAGUCGCAGUGAGAAGAAGGCCCGAAAGGCAAUGUCAAAGCUGGGCUUGCGGCAGAUUCAGGGAGUCACCAGGAUCACCAUCCAGAAGUCCAAGAACAUCCUCUUUGUCAUCGCCAAGCCUGAUGUCUUCAAGAGCCCAGCCUCAGACACUUAUGUGGUCUUUGGCGAGGCCAAGAUUGAGGACCUGUCCCAGCAAGUGCACAAAGCUGCAGCGGAGAAGUUUAAGGUGCCCUCAGAGCCCUCGGCCUUGGUCCCUGAGUCAGCACCCAGGCCCCGGGUGAGGCUGGAGUGCAAGGAAGAGGAAGAGGAGGAGGAGGAAGAGGUGGACGAGGCGGGGCUGGAACUGCGUGACAUUGAGCUGGUGAUGGCGCAGGCCAAUGUGUCCAGGGCCAAGGCCGUGCGGGCUCUGAGAGACAACCACAGUGACAUUGUCAACGCCAUCAUGGAACUGACCAUGUAGCCACUGACCGGAAGCUGGAGCCAUCCUACGCCUUCCCUCAGCUCUGCUACUCAAUAAAUUGGUGUCCCUCCAUUGCC